AUGGCUACUUUACCAGGAACAGUGCCUCGGAUGAUGCGCCCUGCGCCAGGCCAGAACUACCCGCGAACCGGCUUCCCCCUGGAAGUAUCCACCCCUCUGGGCCAGGGUAGGGUGAACCAGCUUGGCGGUGUGUUCAUCAACGGGAGGCCACUGCCAAAUCACAUCCGACACAAGAUAGUGGAGAUGGCCCACCACGGCAUCCGACCCUGCGUAAUCUCGCGACAACUGCGAGUUUCUCACGGUUGUGUCUCCAAGAUCCUCUGCCGAUACCAGGAGACCGGCUCGAUCCGUCCGGGGGCCAUAGGAGGCAGCAAGCCCAGGCAGGUGGCAACUCCUGACGUGGAGAAGCGGAUCGAGGAGUACAAGAGAGAAAACCCGGGUAUGUUCAGCUGGGAGAUCCGGGAUAAGCUGCUGAAGGACGGGGUGUGCGACAGAAGCACAGUUCCUUCAGGUGAGGCUUCAUCUGUGAGCUCCAUCAGCCGCGUUUUGAGGGCCCGAUUUGGCAAAAAAGAUGACGAGGAUGACUGUGAUAAGAAGGAUGAAGAUGGAGAAAAGAAAACAAAGCAUAGCAUCGAUGGCAUCCUCGGUGAUAAAUGUAACCGCACGGAUGAUGGUUCAGAUGUAGAUUCGGAGCCUGACUUGCCCCUAAAGAGGAAGCAGAGACGCAGUCGCACCACCUUCACCGCUGAGCAGCUGGAGGAGCUGGAGAAGGCUUUUGAAAGGACACAUUACCCAGACAUCUACACCAGAGAGGAGCUGGCUCAGAGGACAAAACUCACAGAGGCGAGAGUACAGGUGUGGUUUAGCAACAGGCGAGCUAGGUGGCGUAAACAGGCUGGGGCCAAUCAGCUAGCGGCCUUCAACCACCUGCUUCCUGGAGGAUUCCCACCCACAGGGAUGCCAACUUUACCCACAUACCAGCUACCAGAUUCCAGCUAUCCCAGCACCACGCUAUCGCAGGAGGGCAGCACAUUGCACAGACCCCAACCUCUGCCUCCAUCCUCCAUGCACCAGGGAGGGCUGAGUGCUGACAGCAGUUCUGCUUAUGGUCUCUCAUCCAAUCGCCACAGCUUCUCCAGCUACUCCGAUACUUUCAUGAGCCCCUCGGCAUCCAGCAACCACAUGAACUCUGUCGGCAACGGGCUGUCCCCACAGGUGAUGAGUAUCCUGAGCAACCCCAGCGCUGUACCCUCCCAGCCCCAGCACGACUUUUCCAUUUCCCCCCUGCACAGCAGCCUGGAGAGCUCCAACCCCAUCUCAGCCAGCUGCAGCCAGCGCUCUGACACCAUCAAGAGUGUGGACAGCCUGGCUUCCUCCCAGUCAUACUGCCCCCCCACCUACAGUGCUACCAGCUACAGCGUGGACCCCGUCACUGCAGGCUACCAAUAUAGCCAGUACGGUCAGACUUCUGCUGCCGUUGACUACCUGGCUAAGAACGUGAGCUUGUCCACCCAGAGGAGGAUGAAACUUGGAGACCACUCGGCCGUGCUGGGACUGCUGCAGGUGGAGACGGGACAGGCCUACUAAAGCCCUCGGGACACCACCCUGCACCACUCUCCUCUGCCCUCUGCCACCCUCUUCCAUGCUCCAUCAAGUCUGGACUCCAACUCCAGCUCGCCUCUCUGCUGCUCGCUCUGCAGCCCGGCCAUGACAUCAGCGCACACAGACACGCAGCUUCGCUGUGUACUAUAGAGAGUGACGCUUGCAGGUGCGACAAGGCACUUCGGGGAAUGGAACUAAACUUUUCACGCCAUUGUCAACCACCAGGCGGCUCUGCAACCUCUCUUUCUCAAAUUUUGGGCGUCUCUGCCUGCUCCUUGUACUCCUAAAUCACCUCCAAACCCUGUUUUGUUUUGCUCAGAA